CUGUAUUGUAGUGAUGUGCUAUACUACAGUUAUUGUUUCAGGUAAUGUUUAAUCCUAGCACAUUUGGGAGCGGUGGGUCAGGGUUUGGUGGAUUUGCUCUGCCCAGCUCUACGCCAGCAUCUGCAAAUCCAAUGAAGGAUUUUGAGGUUGUGAACCCUCCAGAUGACUCUGUUCAGUGCAUGGAAUUCUCACCGCCGUCUAUUCCUCAAGAUUUUCUAGUAGCUGGAAGCUGGGAUAAUAAUGUACGUUGCUGGGAAGUGCAACGAGAUGGAAAAACUGUUGGCAAAGCUCAGCAGACCAUGGGUGGGCCAGUGAUGGAUGUGGCUUGGCAUGAUGAUGGCAGCAAGGUCUUCAUGGCAAGUGCUGACAAAACUGUUCACUGCUGGGACCUGGGGAGCAACCAGAAGAUGCAGGUGGCACAGCAUGAAGCUCCAGUCAAAACAGUGCACUGGAUCAAGGCACCUACAUAUUCUUGCAUCAUGACUGGCUCCUGGGAUAAGACACUCAAAGUAUGAUACAAAAGUGAUUCUUGAAGCUAA